CCGGGAUACGCCAUCGCUGAAUAAGACCAUAUUUAUGUCAUCUAGGCGGUACUGGAAUAAAAGGCACUGCGUGUGGAGGCCUUAAUCAUCCCAUAAAUAUGGCAGAUCUCACUGUGGCUACAGCAAUGUCACUAUCUGGACGAGUAGGCCUCGUUACAGGCGGAGGAACAGGAAUAGGAUUUAUGAUUGCGAAAGCCUUCGCUGCAAAUGGAGCCAAGGUAUACAUCACCGGUCGAAGGCUGAACGUGCUACAGGAAGCGGCGUCGUCAGUAACAGGCGUUCCAGGAUCCAUUGUCCCAAUGAAGAUGGAUGUCACAGAUGAAGAAAGCGUCAAGGCUGGUGCAAAGUAUAUCGAAACAACCGACGGCAAGCUCGAUAUCCUCGUCAACAAUGCUGGAUUUGCUGCUUCCCUUCACGAUCCGGACUUCGUCUCAAAGAAAUAUGCUGCAGAAGAUCCUUUUGAACCCGAAACCAUCCAGAACUGGGCUGAUAUCUUUGCGCUCAACACGAUCGCCCCGUUCUUUGUCGUACGUGCCUUCCAGUCCCUUCUCGUCAAAGGAGCGCAGUCCCGCCCCCAAGGCACCUCCAGUGUCAUCAACGUCAGUAGCGUGGCAGCCGAGGCAAACUCGACAAGCCCCUUGUCCUCCCUCGCAUACAAUGCGACGAAAGCUGCUUUGAACAAGCUCACACUUGUUCUAGCAACGAGUUUCGCUCAGAGGAAUAUCCCGAUUCGUGUGAACGCGCUAGCUCCUGGCGUGUUUGCGUCACAACUGGUUAGCCCCGAGGUUUUGGAGGCGAUCCGGACUCGACCUCUGCCUGGGUUGGUCGCACCGAUUCCUGCAAAGAGGCAGGGAACUGAAGCUGAAAUGGGCGUGUCGGCGGCCUAUUUGGCUGUGUCUGACUAUACGAACGGAGCGAUUUUGACUGUUGAUGGCGGAAUAUCGCUGGUUAAUCCCUAAUGUUUGGAUUAUCUGACGUAGAAGGUUUCAUGGAAUUACGCCUGUUUUUCUUUGUAAACAUCACCACUGUCCAAGAUAAC